UUUAAGCUCUCUCUCUCUCCUCUCUCCUCUCUCAUUCAUUGUUUCGGUUGGAGAUUCAAUACACAGCACCACCCAACCGAGAAAACCAAAAAGGGAACACACUGCAUUCACGUAUUGACACACACACACCGUUUCCAUUUUCUCGAUAAUCUUACAUCGAUUCUACUUUCCUUUCUCGUGCUUACUUCAACGUCUCUCCAAACUCUCCUUUUUCCCGUAUUAUUCGCCUUCAAGUUUCUCUUUCAUCAAUUUCCCAAACCCACCAAGAAACACAAAUCAAAAUCCCAUCUCCCUCUCUCCCCCUCUCGCUCGCAAGAAUGAAGAAUGCGUUUGAUUGCCCUAGAGGGUUUUUCGAUUUCCCAACUAAUUAGGUCUUCUUACAAGACAGGAAAUAUGGCAUUUACGCCACCCUGUCUCUGCUGGCUCUCACAUUUUAAAUUUCAUCUCAAAUUAGGCAAAAUAGUUUCUCUGUGUUUGCUUCAAUUUGAAAGGAGCCAGAGUAUUAUCAAGUUCUACAUGGUCCACUAAUUCAGAGUGAUGGGGCGUUCUUUAAGAACUGUUGGGACACUUAAAGCUUAUCAAAACCAGGCUGGUGUGCUGGUCAAAAACUAUGUACUAGCGGAUCCUUACAUUCCAUACACUUCUAUUGUUCUUGGAAUGUUGACUUGCAAAUUGGCCUACGAUCUAUGUCAGCUCAUCAGCACUUUUUAUUCCAGAAAUUAUAAUGCCCUUACUAAGAUACAAAGGAUGGAGUGGAAUAACCGUGGCAUUUCCACUCUCCAUGCGGUUUUUAUUUCGAUUAUGUCUUUGUACUUUGUAUUCUGGUCUGAACUUUUCUCUGAUCAAAAUCAUUCUGGAUUAGUUACAUUCAGAAAUUCAUCUAUCUCAACAUUUGCACUUGGGCUCUCUGUUGGCUACUUCUUGUCAGAUCUUGGAAUGAUCUGUUGGCGGUAUCCUUCUUUGGGUGGACCUGAGUAUGUUCUCCAUCACUCAAUUUCGGCAAUUGCAGUUGCAUAUGCCAUGUACAUGGGGGAGGGACAGCUUUACACAUUUAUGGUUCUGAUAUCUGAGAUAACAACACCUUGGAUCAAUAUUAGAUGGUAUCUUGAUGUAUCUGGAUUGAAGAGAUCCACUGCAUAUCUUAUCAAUGGAGUCGUCAUAUUUUUUAGUUGGUUGGUGGCAAGAAUUCUUUUGUUUGGUUACAUGUUCUACCACGUCUAUCUUCAUCACGACCAGGUGAUGCAGAUGCACACUGCUGGUUUUCUUCUGGUGUUUGUCGUACCUGUGGCACUCGCGAUCAUGAACUUGAUGUGGUUCGGGAAGAUCCUCAAGGGUUUGAAGAAGACCUUAUUGAAAAAAAAAUGACAAUUACAAUGCUGUAGAUAUCCCCAGCAUUUGUGCGAUUAAGAUUCGGAUUCUGAGGGAAAGAGGCGAAUUCAACAACAUACACGAUAGCGGAUAGAUUUCACACUUGAUGCUGGAAAUCAACAUGCUGUCAAUACUUCCAACAGACCACACUCUUUGUGUCUAAAGACAGAAGAUGAUAUGAUUCUCUACUUUAACUCUUCAUCUUGUAAAGAGGCUUAUCUUUAGCAGGGAAAACAGAGCUGUGGGGAAAGAAAGUAAAGAGCACUUUUCUAUA